GGAUUAUGGCAAGAGUUGUACAAAAUUACAGGGGAUCCAGACAAACCUAAUUCGUGCAGAUGUGUGGGCCCGUCAGGAAUUUAGAUCUAAGUCCAGAAAGGUGGCAUCGUUGGGGAACAACUGCAGUCGUUUGACAAUCGUUUGGCUUGGCACAACUUUCUGCAACUCUGUAGAAACCAGAGCGAUGAUUUGCACCCGACUUUGAAUCCUCGUGCAGGUGGAAUUUCGUUGCGCAAAAUGGCUCUGAUCAAUCGGUGGGUGAAUGAGGGCCUGCGGUGGCGCGUCUUUGAUGCAAAGGGCGAGGUUUUGGGAAGAUUGGCCUCGAGGAUUGCAGUUGUUUUGCAGGGAAAGGACAAACCCACAUAUGCACCCAACCGAGAUGAUGGGGAUGUGUGCGUUGUGGUUAAUGCUCGACACAUUGGUCUUACAGGAAACAAGCUCACCGACAAAGUUUACCGCUGGCAUACAGGGUACAUUGGCCACUUGAAAGAGAGAACUGUCAAGGAGCAAAUGGCCAGGAAACCGGAGGAGGUUAUUAGAAAGGCUGUACUUCGGAUGUUGCCUCGCAACAAGCUCCAGGAUGAUCGUGCCAGGAAGCUGAGAAUCUUCCCUGACGAGAUCCACACAUUCGGUGACAAACCCCUUGAGCCCUUCGUCAUGCCGCCUCGAAAAGUGCGUGAAAUGCGACCUCGUGAACGAAGGUUGGCUUUGAGAGCAAAACCUGCCAAGGAAUGAGGUGGGAAAACCUGCCAAGAAUGAGAUCCUGUGUAUCAAACUCACAAUCCUUCGUUCAGUGAGCAACCCUUUACCCUCUCAUUGAGUUCCCUUGACCGUUUAAAACUCCAUGAUUAAUGUGCAUUCAGGUCACUGGGUCUCUAUAUAUAUCUUGAAAUGUGCACGUACUCUUAGGCUAGAUAGUCAAAACCGCCAACUUUGAGCAUUCAGAAUUUUCAACUUGUAUACGUUCAGGAUAGCUCUGGAGGCACGAGGGUGAUGAGUGCAUGCUUCUAGACGGUAUACGAGACUAGGAGGGUGAAAACCUCAACAAAAAGCCGACAGGCUGCAGAUAACAUGGUUUUGGCCCUUCCACGACUAGCUGGUAUGAUGUCUCGGGGAAGUAAUGGCAGUCAGUUUUUGUGAAAGGAAGAAAUCUAAUAUACCCUGUUCAAUUUUACGCGAAUAGGUAUCGAGCACAAGCAUACCUACAUGCUCGAACUUUUUGGAGCUCGUAGUAAUGGUCAGAUGAAUUGCGUGUUCAUGAGAGUCUUUUAAAAUGACAUUUUUGCACUACAGCGUGCCGGCUAAUCGGUAAAGAAUGCCGAAGUAUAUUAUGCGUUGAUCAAUGUUGUGUCGGGAGCUCAUAAAAGCCCGCUGUCUUGUGUUCUAUGAGCUUGAGAGCAGAACUAUGAGAUUCAGCCAUGCUUCCUCUUCCAUUACUUGGCUGUUUAGGGCUGUCUUUUAUUGUUGACGGGCUGAUGCUCUGCUCUGCAUUAGAGGAUUCACAGAUGCCAUUCGUUUCUUUUAAGUUCCCACGUUAAGCUUCCUGGGAAUUGAUCAAGUCGUCUAAUAUUCAGCUAGCACCAAUUUCGGUUCGUUGUUGUUGAAUGUACACAUAUGUGUGGUUGAUGACCACAAUAUCACACCCGUUGUAUUCUAUUGGAUGAUUCGCAUCAAAUAAAUGAUAAUUUCUGCUUGUAUAAUUUCUGC